UGACUAUAAUACAUAAAAUAAAAUAUUGUUAUGUGACAUUUUAUUUUGUUAUUGUGAAAAUGGUCAUGUAAUUAAAUAAGAGUAAAGACGGUCGUACUAUCAAAUUCGUCUAGAUCAUUAUUAUAGGUUACCGUUAAAUUAAAAUACUAAAAACAUGGAUCGAGAACCCGAAAGCCCUCAAAAAGUAUUGAAAAAUUCACUUUUAGAUAAAAUUAAUAACAAAACAUCGAUCACUUGUUCUAAGGUACCAGAAUGUCUGUUCGAAGCUAAGGCUGCUGAAAAGCACUUCAGUAAAUUUGGUCGUGUACAAAGGAUUCGCUUACUACCGAAGAAGUUGAUGUGUAUUGUUGAAUAUGAUCAGCAGAGUUCAGCGGAGCGUGCUGUGCUCAAUGCUGGUGCUUACGAUGGUUUUAUGUUUGAUGUAACACGCAUGAAGCCUAGAGUUAGAAGAAAAAGUAAGAAGGAUGAUGAUCCAGAUUGGGUACCAGACCCAGAGGUAGAAGAGGAACUGACAGCCAUGAGUGGAGCACCUUUAUUUUCCAGAAUUUCUAGGCAAAAAGCAAUGGAUGUUAAUGUGCCAGUCAGUUCCAUUAAGCCAAUGAAAUCACCAAUAAGGAAGAAAAUGGUUACAACUACACCAAAACGAGUGAAGAAAGUAGUAGUUAAACAACCUACCAUGAACAUGGAACCUUCCGUCUUGGUGACAAUGAUGCCAACUUUUCUUAAUACUAAAGAGGCGGCUCUAGAAUUGCACAAACUACGUUCUAGGGUAUCAAUGACACCUGAUGAGAAAUGGAGGACAUUAGAUGCAAGGGACAGGAUUCUUAGAGCGUGGGGAGGUGCAGGUUCAAGGGUAAAAGUUGGUGGAGCGACCGUAGGAACAUGUCCUGAUAUGUGUCCAGAGAAAGAAUUACUACAUAGACAAGCUGAACAUCAAGUGAUGACAUUAGAAACGAUAAUUGAUUCUGACGGUCUAUUAGAACCAUGGCGAGCGGUGAAGCAGUACAGUCGUAGCUCUGCUGAUCAAGAGAUUCCAAUGUGCUAUGAGCUAAGACCAGCGACAGUACUAAUGAGAACUUGUGUUUACCUCCUGCAUGAAAUAGCUGAUACCUCUAGACAGGUAACUUUGGCUGACUGGUUUCAUUUUAUGUGGGAUCGUUUUCGUGGAAUUCGCAAGGAUAUUACUCAGCAGGCUCUAUGUUGUGCCGAUUCAAUCCGUAUGGUAGAGAUAUGUGCUCGUUUUCAUAUUCACUGUGCUGCCCGUCUUGCUGACUUAGAACACACUCAGUUUGACCAAAAAUUAAACACUGACAAUCUUACUAAAUGUCUUCAGACACUUAAACAUAUGUAUGCUGAUGUAAGUCCUGAACAAAAGCCCAAUGAAGCCGAAUUCCGGGGGUAUAUAGCUCUACUAAAUCUUGGCGAUGCUAACUUCUGGUGGGAGAUAAAACAAUUGCCACAAGAAAUUCAAAAGUCAGAAGCAAUUGUAUUUGCCAUACAAAUCUACACAACCUUGGACAAUAAUAACUAUGUAAAAUUCUUCCGUCUUGUUAAGGAAAAAGCAACAUAUCUACAAGCUUGUAUACUUUUGAGAUAUUUUAAUGAUGUCAGAGCUAGGGCUCUAGCAAGAAUUAUUAAGGCAUACGCCCCAAGAGGUGGAUCUCUAUACCCAGCUGAAAAUUUAAUUAAAAUACUAGCUUUUGAAACAGUUGAAAGUAUGAAGUCAUUCAUAAGUCACUAUGGUUUACGAUUUGCAAAAAAUGAAGCUGAACUAACCGUAAUUCUUAACAGAAACCAAUUCAUUGAAGAUAGUGAUCCAUAUCCUAUCUCUAGAGCUAUAAAAGUUAUAGAAUCAAAAAGACAAAACACAGUUGGUGAAGUAAUUUCUGGAGGUCGCCUUCCAACAUAUAAUUAUGCAAAAAAUACUGUUCAUUCAAGUUUUAAUAGUGAUGGUAGAUUAAAGGAGACCGCUUUAACUGCUGAAGAUUUAGAGUAUAAUACUAUAAAUGAUAGUGAUAAAGAUGUGAACACUUUAAAAUUAGAAUUACAAAAACUUUUACAAGUUGGUAAAAAUAUUGGAAUUUUAGAACCAAAGAAAAGUGGUAUGUUUGUCAAAGCUGAACUUAGUCCAAGAAAAAAUCAUAACUUAUUUUCAAAGGCAGAAUAUGACACAAAUCAAAGCAAAGUCUUUUCUUUUCAAGCAGCUAUUCCAGUUGCAUCAACAGAAGUUAUUAAAAAUUCACCAGAGAAAGUUUUGGAAAGUUCUAAAAAUAUAUUUACAUUUUCAAAGCCACAAAAAACAGAAACUGUUCCUAUCCUCCCAGGUAAUGUGUUUCAGACACGAAGUACGGUCUUUGCAACAGAAUCCUUUUCAGAUAGGCAAAAUAUUUUUAAUAAGGGAGGUGAAAAUGGAAAUUCGUUGAAUGCUUCAAAUAAUUUAUUUAAUACUAAACAAGUAGGUGAUGGUUUAAAAAAAUCUGUUAUUGGUAAAUCUAUAUUUAAUCAGCAUGUUGAUAAGAAAAAUGAGACAAAUGUCGUGAAUAGCAAUAAUAUUUUUAUGAGCGCAAAUACAAAUUUGUUUUCUAAGCCCGAAAACAUUCCUAGCAAUGUUUCCACAAGAGUCGAAAAUCAUAACUUAUUUCAAAAGCCUGUGGAUAGUAUAAGCAAAGGUUCUAACAUUUUUGCUAAACCUGCACAAGAUCAGUCAUCAAUAACAAAUCCUUUUACUUCUAAAACUCUGUUUGAAUCAACUUCUAAAUCAGAAAAUAACACACAAAGAGAUAUCCAUCCAUGUCCUCAAAAUGGUGAUACAUCUGUUGCAAUAUCACCUGGAAGCUUAUUUAAAAGUGCAAAUCAGCCUUUAACCGAAAAUCCAUAUACCAUAUUUCAAAGCAAAAAUAAAGCCCCAACAGUGGCUGAAAACAUAUUUCAUUCUGUUCAUUCAAAAAAUAAUGUUUAUGAAUUUGAUAGUAAUCAAGGUAAAUCAACUGCCGAAUUACCUAGCGUCGAGCAAGAAAAUGAAGAAGAGCAAAAAAGACUGCAGGAAAUAAAUAGGGUGGAGCAAGAAAAACUUGAGUUGCAAAGAAAAGAAGAAGCUAAACGUAAUGAAGAAAUGAGGAAAAAAAUGGAGGAGUUGAGAAAAAUGGAAGAGCUGAGAAAAUUGGAAAUUGAAGAAAAACGUAAGAAAGAAGAAGCAAAGAAACAAGAGGAAUUAAAGAGAAAACUAGAAGAAGAAAAGAAAAUGCAAUUAAAGCUUAUUGCUGAGGAGAAAGAAAGGUUAUUUAAAGAGAGAGUCGAACAUGAAUCUGUUGAACUAUUAGAUGAACUUAUUAAUGAGAUUCGAGAUGAAGAAGUGGGAGUUAUUGUUAAAGAAGAGAAUGAACGUUUAGAAAAUCUAAUUUCAUUUGCCAAAGAAAUCACUGAAAGCAUGUGUUCAGAUUUACUUAAUGAAAUUUGUGAUUCUGAACUUAAAGCUGAAAUUUUCAGAACUAGAAAGGUUAUGAAAAAAUGGUUCUUAAUAUGGAGAUUACAAUUUGUUAGAAAUUAUAAAAGGCGAAGUCUUUUGGAAGAAACUCCAGUUUGGUUACCAGACAAAACGCCUCAAGAAGAAGCAAGAUGUUUAAGGAGAUUGAGUGAAAGAGCAGCAUUAAAAAAUAUGAAUGCUAUUCACAGAGGUUAUAGAUUUACAGGAGAAUUGAAACCGAUACCAACACCAAAACCAUACAAUGUUUUAGAUAUUAUUCGAUCACCUCUCUUGAAGCGCAUGAAACAAAUAGAGUAUCCUUAUGAUAAAUGUUUCUUUUGGAAAGUUGCUCUAGUGUCGCCUGGUGAAGCGAAAUAUCUUUAUAAAAAAAUAAACAUCGAAAAAUGGCUAAAUGAUGUUUUUAGUGAUCGAAACAUACAUGAUACAAGUGACAGUUUGAUUUUUGUUAAUAAACAGUCAUGGAAUAAUUUGAUGGAAUUUGCUAUUUCAAUUAGUCUGAUUAAUAAAGACAAAUUAAGCAUAGCUAAUGAGGCUCUGAAUGGUGCUAAUGGUGUAAUAUUUUACAACACAGAAAGUGAUAAUAACUGCAUAGAUAUAAUAGAGCAAACACUGAAGUGUAAAUAUCAAUAUCAAGUGAUACCAAUUGUUCUUGUCACAGUACAAUUUAAGGAUACUGGUAUACUGAAUCAACUUCAAGACAAAUUAAACAUUUUAAAAAAUAAUAAUACUAUUUCAGGCUAUAAGGUAUUUACCCUUGAACCUGAAAAUGUCAAUGAUUCCAUUAAUGCUUGUACUAAAAAUGCGUUAAAGUGGCUGGCAAAGAAUUUUCCUAAGUCACCACCUCUUGAAAUAGAUUAUCUUAAAUCGAUUUGCCAAAGAUACUUGGGUUUCGAAAUAUGGCAUAAAUUAAAAUCUGAAAAGGACCAACAAACAGAUUUGGUACUUAAAGAUUUGCAAAAAUUAGUGACUUGCUACAACUGUGCUGUUGAUAAAUUGACUCAAGUAAUAACAAAUGAAGACAAUUUUAACUAUAUGUCAUUUCCUUUAGAAUUAAAUAAAUAUUUAGAUGAUACUUCACCUUAUCCCAAGCCAUAUGAGUUCAUUACUAGCAGUGUGAAACAGUCAGAUAAUAUAAGUGCCAUAAAAUAUAUGAUGGGGAAGUUGAAACUUCCAAACCCUGUAUCCGCCUUCCUACCCAAUAGUUUAACUGAUAUGCAAAAACAGAUUAGGAAAUAUUGUAAUCAGAUAAGUUGGUUUCAAGACCCUGAAGAAGUUGUCUGUAAAGUUGUGGCUAUCUUACCAAAUGAAUUUUCUGACAUAGAUAUGCAAAGUGAUCAAUUCAAUGAAUAUUUUAAUAAUUAUGAUUUAAUAGAUUUAUUAAAUGUCAUUGUGUAUGAAAAAAUUAAUAGUUUAAAUAAUUUUGAAAAUAAAUUUGCUAUAUAUAUCAAAUCUGAUUUAGAGGAAUAUCGUAAUUCCCAUUGGUUAUAUGAAGUAGAUGUUUAUACUAAAAGUAAGCAUCGCGCAUUGGAAUAUGAAGAUGACGUUGAUUAUAUUAUAGAAGCAAAACGGCGAAAGAUACAUAACAAGUCAUUUGAUUUGAAUUUAACCUUAGAAGAUAAAGAUUGUACUAUGGUUCAAGAAAAUAUUCAAUUAGUAAAUCAAAAUAUAUCCACAUAUACCACCUACAAAGAUGUUGUAUCUGAUCUGGAACUGAAGUUAAAUGAAGAGAAGAAAAAAUCUGAAGAAUUAGACACUUUAUUGAGAGAAGCUCUUUUAAAUGUUUAGUGAAAUUAUUCCAUAUAAAUGUUAAUUUAAUGAAAUCAUUAUUUAAAUAAAUUAAUUUGCAUAAU